AUGCACCGAUGCCACUCCGCCAUCGAGAUCAAAGCCCUCAUCUUGGCUUCGUCUACUAUGCUGGCUUGCCUGGAAGAAAACAAACCCCGUUGUCUACAAGGCGUGGCAGAGAGGCUCAAGUCCCAGAUUCAAUCAGACUCUCUGCUUCCGCUGGCUUUGCUGGCUGGUCGCCUUCGGCACGUUCGUGAGAAGUACCAAGGAUCCUCGAGAGGAAUCCUGAGAAGCAGGAUACAGCAGGUCCUCAAAGAAGAGAUUGACUUUAAAGGAUAUGAGGACAAUUUGAUCGCUCUUUGCUAG